AUGUCGACGAUGCCGAGCGUUCACAGCGUCACAGCCGAAACUCCAGCCCUAGUUGGGCCUGAUCAGCGACAUCCCGAAGUGGUCGAUGUUGCGUCAGCGCAUCAGAAUGGAGCAUCUCAGUUGGCAACAGACAGAGUGACACUUGAGACGAGGGAUGCCAACGAGGAGCAGCAACCCGCGCCACUUGAGAGACUUCCAGUUGAGCUUAGGUUACACAUCCUCGAAAACAUGCCAGACCUGGAGACACUGAGUUCCCUCAUUCACGCCUCCCCCGUCUAUUUUGCCCAAUAUCGGUCCAACCGCAAGCAGCUUCUUUUCAGGUGCCUACAACAUGAUUUGGGCCGAGAGUUAUUGGUGGAGGCUUACGCCGCCUUCAAGUCACGCCCAUUCAAGAUCGGCCCGCGCGUAGUAAUACAGCGAGACAUCACCGACUUUGUCGAUUUGUAUGGGGCGUGGCGAUGCUCUGGAGACCUGGCCACUAUGUUGAAGUCUAUGUCACUUGCUGAUGUCCGUUGGCUCGCUUGGUUUCAUACAUUGACUGUGAAGCCUCUGGCGGCUCAAUUCAGCACUUGGGCUUUAACAAACCUCGAGUCUGCAGCAGCCAAGGCUACGGAAGAUCAACGCAUGCAGGCAGAGUCAGCGUCAUUAAAGGAAACACCAACAUGCAAUACGUGGCCGAGUGGGUUGAGCGUAACGGAGCAAAGGCGGAUUCUGCGAGCUUUCUACCGAUUCGAAAUAUUCUGUAAUCUCUUCAUGGGCGAUCGAGACGAACUCUUCGCCCACGUAGAGAUCGCACAUGUCUUCUUCCCCCAGUUCGGAUCUUGGGAGAUUGAGGAGAUCGACUGCGUCUACAUGUGGAUCAAGGAGAGGUACGGAGAAGUUGUUACCGAGAUCAAGUUGGAUUUUCACCCGAACAGCUCCAAAUUUGCGGACGAUCCCGACUCUGAAUCUGAACCCGAAGACUCCUUCACGCGUGUUCGAGAUUACGACGAAUACCUUAACGGCACCAUCGGCCACGGGGGCCUCAGGCUGGCACUGCACAUGUUCAAAAUCAAAGAUCACGAUAAGCUCGUACACUUGAUGGGCAAGUACCUGAAACAAAGCCAGGAGCAUUUCUUCGGAGACUGUAUGGAGGGUAUGAGCCAAGUCGAAAGGCGUGAAUCAUACGAUAAUGGCUUCAGCGACAGAGAUCGGGCCGAGGAGAGAGGUGAACCGAUGCCGUUCACAGGUGAUGACAACGUUUCCACCUUCUCCUCCCACAAUAUCUCAUUAGACAUUCUAACGAUGAGUGAGUCGACUCCCCACUCAGCUGACACGACCGAAAAUGCUAGUGAGGCGGCAGCAGUGGUUUCCAGCAUUAACGCGCCACCGCUCGCUUGGGUUCUCAUGUGGGAUGGGAAGUACUGCAACCUGUACGGAGAGUACAUUCCCGAUGAGUUAAGGCGAUGGGGUUAUGUCAUGUGGGACGAGCGACGGUGGAAUAGUAUAGACGGCGCGCUGGGACUCCUCAUCAGGCUAUGGGCCUCGUCGUCUCAACUCAAAAUGGCCAGGGUGGAAUGGCCAUGGUUGGAAGGUCGCCAACCAGCACUUGUUAAUAAUGACUGGGUUGACUUUUACUCCUGUAGCUAA